GUUAUUUAUGAUGAACAGUGGUAUCCAGGCUUAGUUGAAGAUGUUGAUGGCAACAUGGUGACGAUCACUUUCAUGUCCCGAGCUGGAAAGCGGUUUUAUUGGCCUACCAAACCAGACAGUCAUGUAGUGCCUGAAGAUGAAAUCUUGUGUUUGAUUGAAGCUGCACCGUGCCCUGUGUCUUCAAGACAUUUUACAAUCGCAAGUGAUGUUGAAAUAGACAGAAAAUGGCAACAUGUUUUAGCUCAUUCAUAAGUUGAUUCUUAUUGUACAGGAGCGUAAUAUUGUACAUUUUAACUGCACACAAUUUUUUUAAUACUGGGAUAACCAGUAGCUUAUUGUGUUUUAUUGAACAGCAUAAGUGCUAUUUUAUUUUGAUUUUGGACCUUGAUAAAUUAAGCAAUACCGUGUAACAUAAAAUUAUCAAGUUUUUGUUAUUACUUUCGAAUGGCUAUUUUUUUUAAUGUUAAUCUCUGCACCUAUCCUGUAUAACUUAUCUAUUUCUAAUUAAAUUAUAUAUUAAUAUAUUAAGACACAAUACUAUAUACAGGGUGGCCAUGAAUAUGUGUUACACUUUUAUAGGGAUGGUAGAUGUAGAUGUGUGGAAAACAUUUUAUUAAGAAACCCAUGUCCGGAAAUGCAUCCUUAUACCUGAAACUGCGCAACAAAGUAACGGGUAGGUAGGCAACUAGGCGACAAGCCAGUGAAAACAUGUUGUGUUGUCUUACCUACUACCCGAUUUGACGAUCAGUGACCGCACGAGUCACCGUGCAUGUGUUACACUCGCUAUUGUCGCAGUUGCAGAGGCGACAUGGAUGGCUACACACUGGCAGAGCUAGCCGAUAUGCAUUUAGUGUAUGGUGCAGCUGGCGGCAAUGGAAGAGAGGCGGAGAGACAGUAUCGUGAGAGGUUCCCUAACCAACGGAACCCUGCACACACAAUGUUCGCACGCAUUGACCGCCGUUUGCGGGAAACGGGUUCGCUGCACGUCACGAAGCCAGCAAGUGGUUCGAGAAGGACAAUACGGACACCUAGCUUUGAGGAAGAGGUGCUGGAACAAAUUCAGGACACACCAUCUACGGCCAUCUCACGGGCAAUAGCACAUGCCAUGCACACCUCCCGUCAAUCUGUUGCACUGGUAUUAAAGGAACAACUUCUGCGCCCGUAUCAUGUACAGAAGGUACAGACUUUACAAGAAGCUGAUUGUCCUGCACGACAUGCAUUUUGCCGAUGGUUGCUGCAGUGCUGCGAAAAUAUGCCACAGUUCCUACAGCAUGUGCUGUUCACAGGCGAGAGCUGCUUCACCAGGGAUGGCUUGUUCAAUAACCGUAACACUCACGUUUGGGCCGACCAACACAGCCACACGACGUAUCCAACCCGCCACCAACAGCGAUUUUCAGUGAACAUCUUGGCUGGGAUACUAAAUGACAGUGUACUAGGGCCACACAUUUUGCCACCACGCCUCAACGCUGCAGAGUAUCUGCGGUUUCUGCACGAUGUUUUACUUGACAUGUUGGAUGACGUCAGACUUGAUAUUCGCGCAUCGUUGUGGUUCCAGUGUGAUGGAGUAACAGCUCACUACGCCCUCUGUGUUCGUGACCACCUGAACAGAGCAUUUGGACAGCGGUGGAUAGGACGGGGUGGUCCCAUUGCCUGGCCACUGCAUUCCCCCGACCUCUCGCUUUUGGACUUCAACCUUUGGGGCCAUGUGAAGUCCCUUGUGUACGCCACUUCUGUACAUAUCAGGGAUGAACUGGUGGGCAGGAUACAUGCUGCGUUUCAGACCAUAGGAAACACACCAGCUGUCUUCGCCGAUGUGCGACGCAACCUGUUGCGGCACUGCACUGCAUGUAUCGGGUGUAGCGGAGGACAUUUUGAGCAGCAAAUGUAAAGCGUAUGAUUAAACCUGCAUAAACACAGAUACACAUGUGUCGUUAUUGACAUCCGACGUCACCGUCCCUGCCAGGUUGCCUACUUACCUCUGUUACUUUGUUGCGCAGUUUUCAGGUAUAAGGAUUCAUUUCCGGACAUGGAUUUCUUAAUAAAAUGUUUUCCACGCAUCUACAUCUACCAUCCCUAUCAAUUUGUAACACAUAUUCAAGGCCACCCUGUAUGUAGCAGCAAAUAACUAUUUACAGUUAUAUUUAUGAGGCCUACUUGAAGGGACAGUAGUGACAUCUUAUAAUUUUUUUAUUGUAUUCAAACUGCUGUUAAAAAUUAAUUUAACUUUAAAGUUUGCGUACAAGUGCUGGUUCCUAUUUUGUAAUAUAUAACGAGUUAAGAUAUAAUCAAAACCAGCAUAAAAAAUGACUUUUAUAAAUCAAAAUUUUAUACAGCUAAAGUUUACAAUUAUGGGAGAAUGGCCAUUAUUUUUCCACAAGAAGAUAUAUUUCGAUAGCGGGACGCUCCAAUAUCUUGUUUGUCUUGCCAAGGCCUGAAACAUGUGAUAACAAAACUGAUCGCCAAAGAUCAUUUUUAAAAUUUGCUGUGUCAUUUGAUUUAUUCAACAUGCGCUAAAAUGUCUACUUACAGACAAGUGGCUAUUUCUAAAUCGUUUGCUAUGGAUAAAGUGUAAUUUUUAUGGCGGGUUUUCAUAUUUUUGCUGUAACUGUAAUUGAUAUUUUGUGUUCAUUUAAUAUUUUAAGCAUAUUUAUUUAAUUAAACCUAUUUUAAAAACAAUUCAACUUCAUGUUUUAGACCAAAACUCUGUUUCAUAAGAAUGACCCAUAGUGCCCCAGAUACUGACCCAUAGUGCCCCAAGUAUGGGGCACUAUCGGUCACUUCUAAAAAACCAUAUUAAAAUUUUUGUAUGAAAUACUAAUCGAAGUAGGCUAACUAACAUAAAUGUGUGUUGAAAUAUAUACCUUUCUUUAUUUAUGUACACAAUAGUGAACCUAUAAUUUCAUAUUUAGACAUAAAUUUGAUAGUUAGAAUUUUUGCGACUCGUCGUGCCUCAGUCUUCCCUACACAAUUUUUUUUUCUAAAACUCUUCUUAGCAUGACGACUACUGGUACAUUUACCUUACUCAGUGUAUGAGAAAACACGCGGUACGGAAUUCCGGCUUAUGAGAAACCAUGCAAUAAGUGCCAAGGCUUUAAUCAUUUCGCAGUGGCAUGUAAAAAUAAAGACAAAUUUAACUUGCGAAAAGACAGACGCAAAAGCACCGGGAGGGACAGGAAGAUGUUUGCUGUAGGUUAUGGUGUAGAAAGCAGCAGUGAGCGUUGAGCAAAACGACAGUCAGACUACAAACCUUUGGGGGGUCUCAGGUGAAGCCAUUAGGUAAACUAGUAGUGGAAUGUGAAACAAACAAGAAGAUAGUUCUUGCAGAGUUUAUGGUUGUACCAGAUGAGGGAGCAAGUCCAAUACUGGGGCUGGAUUCGUGUGUUGAGCUGGGUCUUAUACAGAGAGUAGGGACAAUCGACUCAGAUAGGGCGAAGGGCAGUGAACAAAAGGAAGUUGUCAACAAGCACAAGCAAGCUUUUAAAGGAGUGGCAUGUUUCCCAGAUGUGUAUAAGUUACAAUUAAAGGAGAAUGCAGUUCCAGUAGCCAAUCCUAGUCUAAGGGUUCCACUCUCAAUCAAAAGUAAGUUAAGACACCUUAGAGAGCCUGGAGAGUAAAAAUAUCAUCAAGCGGUGCUCAGAAGCGAUGGAGAGGGUCCAUACAUUAGUGGCUGUAGAGAAGCCAAAUGGGUCGCUUCACCUGUGUCUGGAUCCUCAAGACCUUAACAGGUAUGUGUCGAGAGAAUAUUGUUCCAUUCCAACUAUAGAAGAGGUUCUCAGUGCUUGAUCUACAGGAACGAUUUUAUCAGGUACCACUUGAUGAGGA